UAUAAAAUGUCCAUCACAAUCUGUCAAGAAUAUUGGGUGGUUCAGCAUUUCAAAACUAAAAAAAUUGCUAAUGUUCCGCCUCAGGAAAGGUGGAAACAUGCUGAAUGUAUAAUCAAAAUGACUCUGUCAGACCAGAAAAGCAACGACAUAAAUAUUAACAACCAACUGCAAAAAACAAUCGAAAUAAUUUUGGAUUGGUUUAUGGCUGAUCCGAAAAAGAAAAUGACGACAAAUAAAAAUUUAAAUUGA